UCCUGUGACGGGAGCUUUGGGGACCCACGGGCACUGGUUUCCAUACGGGUCCCUUUGGGAUGUAAUGGGGCUCCAGGCCUCUCUGGGAGGGGUCGUGGUCUUCCCGGCAACCGGAUUCUGGGGGUGGCGGCUUCCUGCCCGGCUGCCUGUCGGGCCUCCUCUUCCCAGGCCUUUUCCUGGGGCUUUUCCUACGGGCCCCGCAGCUCACCGGGACUUUCCAGCUCACAGGGAACAUUUACGAGCACCUGUUGCCUGUGAUCCAUUGGCCCUCAGGGCGAGCCCUGGUGUGGAUGGGACCAGAGACACACGUGGGUACAGACUGAAGGUUCGCUGGUCUGUUUGCGGCCUGGAGGACGCUGUGUGCAUGGCUGGUGUCGCGGGCGUCCCCGCGGAGCUGGGGCCGUCACCCUCCUCUCCGCCCGGGAGCCUGAUUUGUCACUGCCACGCCUGCCCCCUGAGGCUUUCCGCGAUUUCACGUGUGCCGAGGUGGAGACUUUCACCGUGUCCCGACCGCUAUGAAAUCAGCGUGGGCCUCGGGGCCUCACAGGGACAGUUCCUGUGCCUGAAGAACAUCCGCACGUUCCUGAAAGUCUGCCACGACAAAUUUGGGCUGCGAAACAGCGAGCUGUUUGACCCCUUUGACCUCUUCGACGUCCGGGACUUUGGGAAGGUCAUCUCUGCGGUGUCCAGACUCUCCCUGCACCAUGUGGCUCAGAACAAAGGAAUCAGGCCCUUCCCCUCGGAGGAGACGGCGGAGAAUGACGAUGACGUGUACCGCAGCCUGGAGGAGCUGGCGGACGAGCAUGACCUCGGGGAGGACAUCUACGACUGCGUCCCGUGUGAGGACGAGGGGGACGACAUCUACGAGGACAUUAUCAAGGUGGAGGUGCGGCAGCCCAUGAAAAUGGGCAUGUCUGAGGAUGACAAGAGGAACUGCUGCUUGCUGGAGAUUCAGGAGACCGAGGCCAAGUACUACCGGACCCUGGAGGACAUCGAGAAGAACUACAUGACGCCCCUGAGGCAGGUGCUGAGCCCGGCAGACGUGACCGCCAUCUUCAUCAACCUGGAGGACCUGAUCAAGGUACAUCACAGCUUCCUGCGGGCCAUUGACGUGUCCAUGAUGGCGGGGGGCAGCACGCUGGCCAAGGUCUUCCUCGAUUUCAAGGAAAGGCUGCUGAUCUACGGGGACUACUGCAGCCACAUGGAGCACGCGCAGAACACGCUGAACCAGCUCCUCGCCGGCCGGGAGGACGUCCGGCAGAAGGUCGAGGAAUGCACGCUGAAGGUCCAGGACGGGAAGUUUAAGCUUCAAGACCUGCUGGUGGUCCCCAUGCAGAGGGUCCUCAAAUACCACCUCCUCCUGAAGGAACUUCUGAGCCAUUCCGCCGAUCGGCCCGAGAGGCAGCAGCUCAAAGAAGCGCUGGAAGCCAUGCAGGACUUAGCGAUGUACAUAAACGAAGUGAAGCGGGACAAGGAGACCCUGAAGAAAAUCAGCGAGUUCCAGAGUUCCAUAGAAAACCUGCAAGUGAAGCUGGAGGAGUACGGGAGGCCGAAGAUCGACGGGGAGCUGAAGGUCCGCUCCAUCGUGAACCACACCAAGCAAGACAGGUACUUGUUCCUGUUCGACAAGGUGGUCAUCGUCUGCAAGAGGAGAGGCUACAGCUACGAGCUGAAGGAGGUCAUCGAGCUGCUCUUCCACAAGAUGACCGAUGACCCCAUGAACAACAAGGACGUCAAGAAGUCUCACGGGAAAAUGUGGUCCUACGGCUUCUACCUCACUCACCUGCAAGGAAAGCAGGGCUUCCAGUUCUUCUGCAAGACGGAGGACAUGAAGCGGAAGUGGAUGGAGCAGUUCGAGAUGGCCAUGUCCAACAUCAAGCCAGACAAAGCCAAUGCCAACCACCACAGCUUCCAGAUGUACACGUUUGACAAGACCACCAACUGCAAAGCCUGUAGAAUGUUCCUCAGGGGCACCUUUUACCAGGGCUACCUGUGCACCAGGUGUGGGGUCGGGGCACAUAAGGAGUGUCUGGAAGUGACGCCCCCCUGUAAGAUCAGUUCCCCUGCAGACCUGGACGCCUCCGGAGCAGGACCUGGUCCCAAGAUGGUGGCCGUGCAGAAUUACCACGGCAACCCGGCUCCCCCGGGGAAGCCGGUGCUGACCUUCCAGACGGGCGACGUGAUCGAGCUGCUGAGAGGCGACCCUGAGUCUCAGUGGUGGGAGGGUCGGCUGGUGCAAACCAGGAAGUCGGGCUACUUCCCUAGCUCAUCCGUGAAGCCCUGCCCCGUGGACGGAAGGCCGCCCGUCAGCCGGCCACCAUCCCGCGACAUCGACUAUAGCGCCUACCCCUGGUUUGCGGGCAACAUGGAGAGGCAGCAGACGGACAACCUGCUCAAGUCGCACGCCAGCGGGACCUACCUGAUCAGGGAACGGCCGGCCGAGGCGGAGCGCUUCGCCAUCAGCAUCAAGUUCCACGACGAGGUGAAGCACAUCAAGGUGGUGGAGAAGGACAGCUGGGUCCACAUCACGGAAGCGAAGAAGUUUGAAAACCUCUUGGAGCUGGUGGAGUACUAUCAGUGCCACUCGCUGAAGGAGAGCUUCAAGCAGCUGGACACCACGCUCAAGUACCCCUAUAAGUCCAAGGAGCGCGCGGUCUCCAGGGCCUCCAGCCGGUCCCCAGCUUCCUGCGCCUCCUACAACUUUUCUUUUCUCAGUCCUCAGGGCCUCAGCUUUGCUUCUCAGGGCUCCUCCGCUCCUUUCUGGUCAGUGUUCACACCCCGUGUCAUCGGCACGGCCGUGGCCAGGUACAACUUCGCUGCCCGGGACAUGCGGGAGCUCUCGCUGCGGGAGGGCGACGUGGUGAAGAUCUAUAGCCGCAUCGGCGGAGACCAGGGCUGGUGGAAAGGCGAGGCCAACGGACGGAUUGGCUGGUUUCCUUCGACGUACGUAGAGGAGGAGGGCGUCCAGUGACGGCGACAGCAUGGAUUGGACUCGUGGGUUUUCUCGUGAGAGUCCAGCUCUGAAGUCUGUCUCUAGCCCUGUGACGCAGAGGGGACAUGCCCACCAGCCUUCCAGUCCUAGUUCGUAGGGAUGGGGAGGGUGUUCAGAAUCCUAAAUGGGAACCGGCCUGCUGUCCACCUGCCAUCAGGGGCCUGUCCUGGGUACGCUACUUGUACAUAGAGGCGAGUCGGGCCAGCCCUGCCGUGGCUGCCACCACCAGAGCGCUAAGGAGAGGGAGCACCAGUGGCAUUCUGAGCCGGGCUCUGGAUGACAGCUGAGGCCAGAGCUCUUCUUGCCCCUGUCCUGUUGCGACGGCAUUCGGCAGCCUAGGUUUGAACAGUAGGUGCCGGCCCAGGGAGGCCUGGGACGGCAGAGGGGACCUCCCCCAGCCCCUCCUGCUCAGCUGUGACGCUCAGCCUGCCUCCUUCCUGCUGCUUCCGGGGGGAAGCUUUGGGCCUAGAGAGUCAGAAGGGACCAGAGCCAAGCCGUUUGCUACAGCCCCUGCCCGGCCCCAGCUCAGCCCCAGCCGUGCUCGGGCGUAGGAGAAGAGAGCAUUGCUAGGGGGACUGUGCGGGCCCCUUGACCCCCUCCCGGCACUCUGCACUCGGGGUGUGCAGAGAGUACCCAGGGCGGGUCCCCCCUCCGGAGGGAGCCUUAGCGAAUGACGAAGUCGCCACCCCUGCUCCCAGUCAACGGUACUGCUCUUUGCCCUGAGUCCCAGGAGUGUGUCUGUCCUGUCCUGCCGCCAGGUGGAUACGCCUUUUGUAAGUCCUGAUACGGGGGAGAAGAAAAUGAGUUUCCCCCCACUCGGGCCCUGCUGCUCACAUUCCCCUCCAAGAGGAGGCCCCCCAGUGCGCCCCGGCAGGCGGCCCUUCUGGGUCUUCGGUGGCCUGCAUUGUGGUUCCUGAGGGUCUCCCCAGCUUUUGCACAGGAUGUUAGUUCGAGCCCUUGGCAAGUCUUCCUCCGGCAGCCCACGAACUGGGCCUAUGGUAAGGGCUCUUGGGGGAGGCCUUCCCCUGAACUCCCCCUCCUGACUCCUCCUGGCCUCUGAGCUCUGGCUGUUUUGUCCAGAUCCUUUACCUCUGCUGGAUGUUGCACGAGACCUAGGGACGCUGUCUCCCUGCGGGCUCCGUGCCACAGCCGCUGGAGAAACCUGGCUGCACGCGUCCCCUGUCCCUUGGUGGGCUGCCCUGCCCUGUGCGGGCAGGGCCGGGCGUGGGGAGGGCUAGCUCCUGCUGCGGCGGGAGCUGUUGCCACUCUGCACUCCUGGGCUUAGAAGUCAGCCGUGUGGCCUCCAGGCUCGGCUCCUGGGCCCCAUGUCCCAGGAUGGGGAGGAGGUGGGAGCGGUGGGGGGACAGUUAGCAGCAAGGGCAAGAGAGAAGGCCGCCGGCAGGUGAACAGAUCGCGUCCGGGGGCAGAAGGCCAAGGGGAGGGAAGCACGGAGCCGGGCUCGGAGAGAGCAGGCCCCAGCCCCGUCAUCAGGUGCACCCAGCACUUUGCGCACAGCCCUGGGCUCGGCCGGCCCAGCCAUGAGCCUGGGGUCGGGGUGGGGGGAGCCAGCCAGCCCCUUUCGUGUUUACUGUUGUCGAAGAGGUUUUGUUCUUGUUGUUUGUUUUUGGUUUGACAUGUUUGUAUUUAAGGGAAGAGAACAGUUUGUAAUUAUUUCAUCCGAAGCUCCGUGUACGUCUGAGUAAUAAGGCAGAUAUUUUAUAAUAGCAAGAAAACGAUGUGUAUUUGAGGUCAUCGUGAAACAAGUCAUCACGACAACGAAGGACACAGAGGAGACAGACGUCGGAACCCUGGGUUUUGCGAAUGUUUUGUUCGGUUUUUGUUUGCUUUGUGACCUGUAUCUGGUUGGUUGGGCUUUACACUGUGUGAGGCAGGGCUGGUGGGCUGGGGGCAGGCUGGGAAGCGGGUGGUUUCAGCAGGGGCUGGGAGGCCCUCCGGAGGGGCUUUGGACCUGGGGCCUGAGAUGAGCUGUGAACACUUAGGAGCCUGAUGCAUGCGGGUCAGGGAUCCGGGGGUCCCACAGCUGGUGACGACCCAAAUGGAAGACAAACUGUACAUUUGCCACUAGGUUUUUUCAGACCACAGUUUUUAUUGCAAAUAAACCUAACUUCUUUUCUGCAGGCAUGGCUGGAACCUUCUGUGUCCAGCAGAAACAGCCACACCUACACGCGGUCAGCCCAGGGUACACUGGCCUGGGUCAGACACAGGCCUAGGGCAGUGCCUCUGUCUUCCCAUUUGGGUGGGAUUCAACCCUAGCCCUGCCGCUCAGUCAUGUCCUUCAGCUCCUGAGCCUGUUUCUUUCUCUGUAUAUGUUGGAGAUAAAAAAUAAUAUUCUCUCUGGAGUCUGGGUCUGUGGCCUAUGACAGAGAAAAUCAGAACAGUCGGGCUGAGAUUGACUUCUCUUUUGUCCAGAUAAGGUAGACCAGGGAUGGCUUGGUGCCCCCACCCACCCAACGGAGGCUCCUCCCCUCUUCAGCAUGUACCGCUAUCCUUGCUAUGGCCUCAUGGUCCAAAAUGGCUGCUGGAGCUCCUGCCGUCAAGGCUGUGGGCAGAGGCAGAGGUUAGCACAGUUAGCUCCUUACCUGGAGCUGGGGCAUAUGGCCACUCCUGGCUGUGGCAGAAGCUGGGGACUGCAGGACUUAAGCUGGACACGUGGCCACACCUUCUCACUGUUACUGAGGGGACAGGAGAGUACUGAUCGGGUGGGAGACCAGCCCUGGGACCUACACCAGGGUUUGGAGAACCAACUGAGACCCGGAGCCUGGUGCACAGCUGGUGCUCAGCAAGUGUCAGGUUUUGUUGCAAAACAGGGAGGCAAGUGCAGGUGUUUGAGGUGACCCAGCGAGUGCUGCGUCCCACCCCAGUCCUGUUCUCCUGGACCCAGUGCUCCAGAGUGCAGGCUCACUCUAAGGUCCCUGAGAACCAGGUGGGGGAGCCUGCCUUUUCUGGAGCAGCCCCCUCUCUGAGCAAAUUUCUCAGGCACAAGGCCCCGAGAGGCCUGGUUGUCCCAACACCACCUCCCUUGAAAGCCAGCUCCUGUGCUGAGUUCUCAUGCCCACGCUGGAGAUGGAUGGGCCCAGAUGCUCGCUCAGCAGCCCCUGGGCCAGUGGUCCCCAGCUGCCCUGAGCAGGGCCGAGCAAGUCAGAAAGAGCCCCAGGCCAAGAAGCAGAGAGCCACGGUGCCUGGAGGGAAGUGUGGGUGGACUGAGGGGUGCUGGGGGGUGGGGAGCUUUAAGGGAGAACCUCAACGGCACUUGCUGUGGGGUCCAGACCCAGGAAGGGCGGGAAAGCCCAGGCCUCCUCAAGGGCCUGUGUGUGGAUGGGGGUUGGAGGCCAGGAGGGACGAGGAGCCUGAGGUUACCCCAGAAUGUGGGAAAGCGUCUCAGAGCCGCACACUUCUGGUCAGAGGGCCUGAUGCGUGUGGGGCUCUCUGGGAACCAAGGCAUCAGGCCCCUUAAUUCCGACAGAGUGGACUUCCCUCAGUGGGGCCACUGCAGAGGUUGCCGUGUGGAGCUUUAGGAAAGUUCCCUGGACAAGACACGGGAACCACCCAGUUCCUGAGGUGAGGCAGGCACUUCUCUCCAAUCCUGCACUACAAACGUGGGAACACCAUACAAAACACAAGAGGAGAAGAGGCUGAGCUUGGAACAAGGUGACCUGUCUCGGAAAGGACAGACACGAAGCCAGAGCAGAUAUUUGGAGCCAACACCAAGCGGCUGCUGGGAUCUCAGGCCCUCUGGGGUUGACGCCAGGGAUUCCAACACUCAAGGCAUUGGCUCCAGAACCUUGGAGACCAGGAGCCAAAACAGGGUUCUUGUGCGAAGCUGGGCAUCUCGAGGAACACCCCCAUCAUGAAAGGGAAAUUAACACACAUGGAUAAAAUAAAAAUCACGGAAAGGGACAAAGAUUUCGAUUGGUUUGUUAACUUUCAGAAAUAAAAAUGUUCAGGCGUACCAUACCCUAGGACAAGUUAACACAAUGAUUAACCCUGGGCUUCAAAGAUUAAAAAAAAUAACUAAUGUAGACAAUUUAAAACUUAAUGUCAUAGCAAAUAGAUUUUAGAGCAAAACAAACAAAAGUUGUCACUAGUUUUAAAAGGCUGACUAUGUUAAUGAUAGAGUUCUCAUUGAUUAGAAAACAUCACAGUUUUAAACUACUAUGCUCUUCAUAAUAUAACCCCAAAAUACAUAAAGCAGAAUUGACAGGAGAGCAAAAAGAACCAGACGAACCAACCAUCACAGAUGGGAAGUUUUCAUACAACUUUCUCUCCUCUCUGUAACUAAAACAAAGUCAAACAGACAUUGAAACAAACAAA